AUGGAGAUCUUUGGACUGACGGAACUUUUAAAUCCAAGCUUCAGCCGCGGACCAGUCCCGGUGGCAGACACUUGGGACAGAGGUACCGGGCAGCAGGUUUCCCGUGCUCCUUUUGGGGUUCACUCGUGUCUGGCAGACAUGGGACUGAACGGACUUUGCGCUGCACCCGUUGGGAGCCCCACCGCUGCUGAGCUGCUCCUGGGGCUCGCCUCUCACACCGAGUCUCCUGGAAUCACAACCCCAAUGAAGUGGCCAAAAACUGGACUACCUCCAUCUGCCACAGUGGAGGGAAGCCACGCAGGAGUUACAGCUCAAACUCCAAAGUGUUAUCCAGCUCAGUUCCAGGGAACGUCAACCUGCUCUUCGUCCCCCCUCAGCAGCAGGCUCGACUUUGAGGACAAUGGGGAAAAUAAAGACAAUGGUCUAUUAAUGAGGAUCAAUGCAGACAUUAGAAGCAGGCAACUUCAGCAGAAGCGCAGAGCUGAAGAGAAAAGAGAAUUGGAAUCAGAAGGCCUUAAUAGGAUUGUAGGCCCUCACUUGGGUAAUAGAAUAUUUGAAGAGGUGGAGUUUUUAAACCAGAGUGGGAAAUUUUGUGGAGGCCAACUUGUUAGCCAAAAGGGCAUCCCGUCACGGAGCAUUCGAGGGGAUCAGAUCGCCUGGAUUCAAGGCUGUGAACCAGGCUGCGAAAACAUCUCCACACUGAUGGCUCAUAUUGAUGAGGCCAUUAUGUUCAGUGCUGCCACUGGACAGCUUGGGGACUGUGUCAUUAACGGGCGCACCAAGGCAAUGGUGGCUUGUUACCCUGGAAAUGGUUCAGGUUAUGUCCGCCAUGUUGAUAAUCCAAAUGGGGACGGACGAUGCAUAACCUGUAUCUACUACCUUAACAAGAACUGGGACGUCACGAAACAUGGCGGCAUGCUCCAGAUCUUUCCUCAAGGCAAAGACGUUGUGGCCAACAUUGAACCUCUUUUUGACCGCCUCCUGAUCUUCUGGUCCGAUCGCAGAAACCCACAUGAAGUUAAACCAGCCUUCGCAACUCGUUAUGCCAUUACGGUCUGGUACUUUGAUUCAAAAGAGAGGGCAGAGGCUAAAGAGAAGUAUAAACUAGCAACAGGACAGAAGGGCGUUCAAGUGCCUGUCACUCACAACAGCAGAGCUUAA